AUGAUGGACAUCAACUCCCUCCUUUCGCCCCAGGAUUCUAAUUCACAGUCCGGGCGCACUACGCCCACCACGGGGUCUACGCCGGUCAACAAUGCCUCGGUUCCGCUCACAGGUCCGCCACAGCCAAAACCCUUGCGAAAGCCUCGUUCCGGCGCAACCAAGCAGGGUAUGACCUCCUCGCCACUGGCGCAACAUAUGUACGCCCCGAACCAACUGCCUGAUCCGUCACCACCUGCGAACAGUCCUAAGGUUGGUCCCAGCAUGGGCACUGGCAGCGGAACACCCCCAGCAACCGACUUGCCGCCUGCGAGGCAACCGUCCACUCCGGGUAUGGACACACUGGCCGACUUAGCGUCGAUGCAGCAUCAUCAACCUCAGCGUCCCGGCGCUCCGCUCUUACGCAACACCGAAUCGUACGAGAGCCAGUUGUCACCCUCCACAAUGUUCCCACACGUCAACCCGAUUUCCCACAACACCCCCACUCCGCGAUCCUCCUUCGAUAUCGCUAUGUCCGAUGGUCCUCGAGAGAGCGCCCAACGAAGCUACUUGGACACUUCCCUGGUUCCCAACGCCCAGCGGCAGGCGACCGACCUGUUCGCUCAGAUACAGGAAAAUCCGCAAUCUUACGAAGCGCACGUCAGAUUUAUUCGUCUGCUACACGCGGGCUUUGUUAAUCACGUCUAUCCGCCCAACAACCCGGAGAUUCACGGGGAUCCGCGCAAAUAUGAUCUACUCAAGGACAUGCGCACCGCGCGCGAGGAGAUGGACAAACUUUUCGCCAUGGGCGAGGAUCUGUGGGCAGAAUGGAUUCAGGAUGAGAGUAUGUUGGCACAAUCGGUAGAGGAACGCAUUGCUGUGAUGGAGCUUUGUCAACGAUCUGUGGAAGAGGAGUAUGGUAGCACCAAACUCUGGGGGAUCUACGGAGAAUGGGUACUCUACCUCUAUAAAUCGGCACAUGGCGAUGCUAGUCAGAGCUCCUGGACUGAGGAAGAUCGGAUCAUCGGGCGCGAGGUCUUCACCUGGCCGUCGGUCUUAGAGGUCUGGCAUCGAGGAGCCGAGUCGACCCAAUGGCGAAUCCAUGACAGUCAUAUGGUAUGGGACCGCUUCCUUGAUUUGCUCAUCCAGGACCUUGCCCGCAACGCGUCCCAAGAGAAGGUGAAUCAUGUGCGCAAUUUCUUCGAAGUUCGUCUUGCAACGCCCCAUGCUACCUGGGACCAGACCUUUCAAUUGUUCUCCGGGUUUGUUUCGAGAUACUACAACGCGAACUACGAGAAUAUCAUGGCCGACAUAGUUGGACGGCACGCCACAUCAGCCAAGGAGCAAUAUUCCGCUCGCGAGGAUUUUGAGAUCAAGCUGCGCAAUGCGACCGAGUCCGGUGAAUUGGGACAGGAAUACCUCUUGUUCACAGAGUAUCUGGAGUGGGAAUUGAAACAAAGUCGUCGGAAACGGCAUCUGGGAAAUUUCGAGUUCGUGAAGUCAAUUUACCAGCGCGCGGUCCUUCGAUUUCCGACCGAUUGUCACAUGUGGGAGGAUUUCAUCAUGUAUUUGGUUAAUGAAUCGAUGCACGGUAACACCAAAACUGCGACAAUGGCCACAUUGGACCGUGCGACUCGCCACUGCCCCGGUUCCGGUACCCUCUGGUCGCAAUACCUGCUGAGCUCCGAGCGCGAAGGACAGUCCUUUGCGAAAAUUGCCGAUAUCAAGCACAAAGCAACCAGUACCGGCUUGCUAGACGUCGGCGGCAUGGAAGAAGUACUAAAGGUGCACACCGCGUGGUGCAGUUACUUACGUCGAAAGGCUUUCCUUUCUGAUUCGACCGAUGAAGAUAUCGAUGUGGCGGAGGUGGGAAUCCGAUCGGCUAUCGAGAGCGUUCAGGAGCUUGGUGAAAAGAAAUACGGCCGCAACUAUCAGGGGGACCCCUUGUUUCGUCUGGAACGCAUUUAUAUCCGAUAUCUUAGCGAAAGCGGCAGCUGGGAUAGUGCCCGAGAGACUUUUAAGGGUCUCGUAGGCCGUCGGGGUAGCAGUUACGAAUUCUGGCUGACUUACUACGAGUGGGAGCUCAUUUCAUGGAGUAAGUUUGUGCAGGGAGAAGCUACCAUCGACGCCGCCCGGCGGACACCCAACCCCAGCUACGCCACCGCCGUUUUGAAGCAGGCCAUCAAGCGGACGGAUUUGGAUUGGCCCGAGAAAAUUAUGCAAGUCUACAUCGCACACUGCGAGGAUUAUGAAGAUUCGGACGAACUACAGCUUGCGAUUCUCGAAACCCGCAAGGCGAUGAGAGCCAUCACUGCCCGGCGCGAGCGGGACGCAAGGGAGGCGGCCGCGCGGCAGGCUGAGCAACAAGCUGCAGCUGCCGAGCAGGCGACACAGGUGGAAAAGAGGAAGCGGGAAGAUGACAUUACUGUGAAUGGCUCAGCACCUGCCAAACGGGCUCGCGCAGAAGAGUCGACUCCAUCCGUUCUCGUGACGCCUGACCCGGUCGCUCUUCAACGUGAUCGCGAGAAUGCGACCGUUGUCGUCAAGCAGUUGCCCCGCGGCAUUACAGAGCAUAAAGUCAGGCAAUUUUUUCGCCAUUGCGGUACGAUCAACAGCCUGAAGAUGUUUUCUGCUCCGAACGGGAACUCGGAAACCGCCAUUAUCGAGUUCAAUAACCGGGAUGAAGCCGUUGUGGCGCAGACCCGCGACCAAAAGAUGAUCGAUGGACAGACCAUCGAGGUCCAAUUUGGGUCGGGGGCUACGCUUUUUGUUACCAACUUCCCUCCCACUGCGGAUGAACAGUAUAUUCGUGAUUUGUUCCGUGAGCACGGAGAAAUCAUUGACAUUCGCUUUCCGUCGCUCAAGUACAAUACGCACCGGCGAUUCUGUUACGUGCAAUUCAAGACCUCUGGAGAAGCUUACAGUGCCACUCAGCUCGACGGAUCUACAGUCGGCAAUGGCCUUCACCUGGUAGCCAAGAUCUCGGAUCCCACUCGCAAACAGGAUCGUCAUGGUCCAAUGUACGAAGGACGCGAGAUCCACGUGUCCAACUUAGACUGGAAGGCCAGUGAACAAGAUGUCGAGGAGCUGUUCCUGCGAUUUGGCACGGUCGACCAAGUACGCAUCCCUCGCAAGGUGGACGGAGGCAGCAAGGGUUUCUGUUAUGUUGUCUUCUCGACCAAGGAGGAAGCCGAGGCAGCAUUGGUCUUGCACGAACAAGAAUAUCGAUCCCGGCGUUUGCAAGUGAAACUGUCCACGCCCCAAGGAGCUAAACGGAGUGCUACAACAAUUGUGUCUCGCGUGUCAGCCUCUCGAUCCCCGUCAGUAGAAGUCAAUGGAGCUGGUGACGAGAUUACCAACAGUGAUCGGGCAGCGCGUACUCUGGGUUUGAUGAACGUUCCGGACACGGUUAAUGACGCGCGGAUUCGUGCGCUGGUUGAGCCAUACGGCAAACUCAUCAAGAUCGUCCUGCGACCCGACCACCAAGGAGCAAUCGUCGAAUUCGCCGACGUUCACGCUGCUGGCAAAGCCUCGCUGGAACUAGAAGGACAGGAGAUUGUUCCUGGCCGGAAAAUGCGCGUAGGAAGUGUACCGGACAUGCUGAAGCAAUCGGCGGAAAAGAAAGGCCACCCGAGCACCUCCGGCAGCAAGGUGACUGGUGAGAGGUUGGGCGCGAGACUCCAACCGACAGGACCAAUCAAGCGCCCACCGCAGCCUGGGGCGCGCGGAGGCAAACGCGGCCAUUUGGGCGUCAAGCGAGCCACGGGUGGGUUACAGGGGCCCAGCGACGCGCAGAAUGGCGUGCCUACAAUCAAUACCACAAUGACGACAAUGAUGAUGAACAACACUGACCACUCCGCCCCCGACGACGGGCAGAAAAUCAAAAAGAGCAAUGAUGACUUUCGUGCGAUGAUCCAGCAGAGCCGAACGGGAUGA